CCCGACGUGCGCUUACAUCAAAGCGUCACCAUCGUCAGAGUGGGAUCCUUCAAGAAGAUCGUUUGAAUCCACUUUUGAAUCUCAGCCUUGGUCGUUAAACGGUUGUUAUAAAUUAUUUUGAAGUCAAUUGAUAAAUUAAAUACGAUUUUAAAAUGGCUUUAAGAGGGCCACUUCUACGGACUCAGGGUCUUCUACGGACUCAACUCAACAAUACCUGUCAGAGCAGAGCUCAUUCUGUGGCUGUUUUAGGAGCACCAUUCUCAAAAGGACAGAAAAGGAGAGGGGUGGAACAUGGACCCAAAGCCAUCAGGGAUGCCGGUCUGAUCGAGAGGCUUUCAAAUCUGGAUUACCCAUUGCAUGACUUUGGAGACCUGAGCUUCCAGUAUCUGGAGAAGGACGAGCCCUACAUGCACGUCCCCUUCCCUCGCACUGUGGGCAGAGCUAACAAACUGCUGUCAGGGGCCGUCAGCAACGCUGUGGGAGCCGGACACACUACCAUCAUGCUGGGAGGAGACCACAGCCUGGCCAUUGGUUCAGUGGAAGGCCACGCCCGGCAGUGUCCUGACCUGUGUCUGAUCUGGGUCGACGCCCACGCUGACAUAAACACGCCCCUCACCUCGCCCUCAGGGAACCUCCACGGACAGUCGGUUGCCUUUAUGCUGAAAGAGCUGCAGAACAAGAUGCCAGAGCUGCCAGGGUUCAGCUGGAUGAAGCCCUUCCUGUCGGCUAAGGACCUGGUCUACAUUGGCCUGAGAGACGUCGACCCUGGAGAGUACGACAUCCUGAAGGACUUGGGUGUCCAGUACUUCACAAUGAGAGACAUCGACAGGCUCGGCAUCCAGAGAGUCAUGGAAGUCACUUUCGACCACCUCUUGUCAAGGAAGCAGCGGCCGAUCCAUCUGAGUUUUGACAUUGAUGCGAUGGACCCGUCUUUGGCCCCGGCUACAGGAACACCAGUAAACGGAGGUCUGACCUACAGAGAAGGAAUCUGGAUCACAGAGGAGAUCCACAACACAGGGUUGUUGUCGGUGAUGGACCUUGUUGAGGUCAACCCAGCCCUGGGGGUGAGUCGUGAGGCGGUGGCGAGCACUGCUUCCAUGGCGGUGGACGUCAUCGCAUCAUCCCUGGGCCAGACCCGCGAGGGAGGUCCCAUCACCCAGGAGUCGCAAACACUCAAAGACGACACGGAACAGCUUCGACUCUAGAACCACAUUCUAGAACCACAUUCUGGAACCACAUUCUAGAACCACAUUCUAGAACCACAUUCUAGAACCACAUUCUGGAACCACAUUCUGGAACCACAUUCUAGAACUCAAAAAGACUUAACAUAUUGGCAUUCCUGAAUUUUAAAAUGUAAAACAAAAUGACUUUACACACAGAACAGAUGCACUGAAACUGUAGUUAAAUUGUUUCAAAGCAUUUAGUUGCAUCUUCUGUGUGUGUGUGUGUGUGUGUAUAUGUAUAUAUAGUACUGUAUGGCAACCUGUUCAACAGUCAGUCAAACAAUCAUGACUGAACUUGGAAAGCCUUGUUCAAGGAUUAUAUCGCUAAUUUACUAAGAUGGCGUGAAAAGCUUUAGUCUGGGCCCAGAUCUGUGUUUUCAUGUCAACUGUUUGCCAUGACAAGACUGGCAAAAUAGUAGUACAAACAGACUGGUAACCCAGGCUAUUAAAAGCCCACAUCUCAAAUUUAAACUGUAUUCGAUGUGAUCAACAGCUGGUCGCUCUGGACUGGACAGGACAGUCCCCCUAGCUCCACUAUUUCAAUGUUGACUGUAUUCGAUGUGAUCGGUGGUAUGCCCCACAGGCGGUGAUCGGUGGUAUGCCCCACAGGCGGUGAUCGGUGGUAUGCCCCACAGGCGGUGAUCGGUGGUAUGCCCCACAGGCGGUGAUCGGUGGUAUGCCCCACAGGCGGUGAUCGGUGGUAUGCCCCACAGGCGGUGAUCGGUGGUAUGCCCCACAGGCGAUCACUAAAACUCAGUAUUGCUCAUGACUGGAUCCUGAAGCUCUGCAAUAUAACAGGGUUGUAAUGAAAUAAAAUGAUAAUACUAAUGUGACCAUAGUGUGGUUUGAAAACACAAAUACCUCAGCUCGAGCUAGUGGCUGUGCCAGUUGAGUUGUCGUAGUGAUGCGUUUGCACUCUAGGAUCAGAUGUGGGGUUUGAUGUAAUUUGUUUUUGUCUAGAAUGAUUGUGUUUUGUAGUAGUUAAUAAUGACUAUGAAUCCAUGUUGGGGUAUUUACUGUCCGGUGUUAUUUUAGUCCGUAUUAAAUGACCAGUUCAUUUUUAAUAAGUUAAAAUGAGUGUAUGUAAUGUCUGUAUGGUAGAUGCUGAGUGAAAUAACUAUUUUAUUUACUAAAUAUAACAAAUGCCUUUUUGACAUGCCCACUGAAUGACUGUCUUUAAAAAAUAUAUAUAUAAUUAGUCUUCCACAAUGAAA